UAUGGCGAACUCAGAGAUAGGGACGAGCACCGGCAUCACAUUAGGAGGUGAGUACCAAGUGUUCUUGAGUUUCAGAGGGCUCGAUACUCGUCGUGGAUUCACCAACGUCCUCUACCAUGCCUUAAAAGAUGCUGGUGUUCACGUUUUCAUCGAUGAUGAAGAGCUUCAACCGGGCGAAAUAAUUAGUGGCAACCUUCUGCGAGCGAUCGACGACUCUAGGCUCUACAUACCCAUCUUCUCCCCAAACUACGCUUCCAGUCAUUGGUGCCUCCGCGAGCUUACGAAGAUGGUGGAGAACACAUCUAAAUCUAAAGAUGAUAAUAAGAAGUUGAUGUUAUCUAUCUUUUAUGACGUGAAACCUGAUGAUGUCAAGUUAAAAACGGAGUUGUACAAAAAUGCCAUAUCGAAGUUGGAGCAACGGAAGGAGGAUCAAAAGAAGUGGUGGUUUUCUGGUCCGAGAAAGAAGAAGUUCAGCACAGAGGAAGUAGAGAUGUGGCGGCAUGCUCUUUGCGAAGUUGAUGACACCAAGGGGUGGGAGCGGGAGAAAUAUUCAGGGUAACCAUCUGAUCGUGAAUGUGAAAUUUAUUUUUUACAAUUGGACCAUACAUCUAAUAAAAAUUCAUUAAUUAUAUUCCUACCCCCAAUUUCCCUGGAUUUA